CUGAUCCAAACUAGGGCAAAUCGACGAGCCCAGCCCAGCCCAGAAGAGGUCCAUCGCUUUAGCCCAUCCGUCCCCAAGUAUAUCUCUCUCCCGACUUGUUUUUUCUUGCUCGCUCGAGCUCUAACAAUGGAGUCACUGUCCCUCUCGUCUCCUCCGAUCCCGCACCAAACGCAAACAGUAUCCUCCUGCUUCAAUCGCGAAGGAGUGGCAUCCUUCUCAACGUCGUCCUUCUCCUCGCUCCCUUCCAAACCGGCCGCCGCCAUUACCGCUCUUCAUUGCUCAUCCUCUUAUCCCAAAACCUCUGUUAACCCCUCCUUCAACACCAAUGCCUCCUUCCUCGCCUCUUCCCUCACCGCCAACUCCCCCCAGUCUCCCGCCACGGCCAUGAGGGGAGCAGAGGCUGACGCCAUGGGCCUGCUGCUCAGGGAGAGGAUCGUGUUCCUCGGCAACGAAAUCAACGACUUUGUCGCCGAUGCCAUCAUCAGUCAGUUGCUCCUCCUUGAUGCUCAGGAUCCCACCAAAGACAUUCGUCUCUUCAUCAAUUCUCCAGGAGGAUCUCUCAGUGCGACAAUGGCCAUCUAUGACGUUGUGCAACUUGUUAGGGCUGACAUUUCCACUGUUGCCCUCGGCAUGGCAGCAUCAACAGCUUCCAUUAUCCUUGGUGGUGGCACGAAAGGAAAGCGCUUGGCAAUGCCCAACACACGGAUAAUGAUUCAUCAACCACUUGGAGGUGCUAGUGGACAAGCAAUAGAUGUAGAGAUUCAAGCAAGGGAAAUCAUGCACAACAAGAAGAACAUUGUGAGCCUUAUUUCAAGCUGGUGUGGUCGGACGAUCGAGCAGGUGGAGAAAGAUAUUGAUAGGGACCGGUACAUGUCUCCAAUUGAGGCAGUUGAGUACGGAAUAAUCGAUGGUGUGAUUGAUAGGGAUAGCAUCAUUCCUCUACUUCCCGUGCCAGAUAGGGUUACGCCUACCCUGAAUUACGAGGACAUGCGAAAAGAUCCAAUGAAGUUCCUGAAUCCAGAUGUGCCUGAUGAUGAGAUUUACUAGAUAGCAGCAGCAGCAGCAUUUCUUCUUCUGUUGAAGGUACGUGCAAUACCACUUCUCGUGUCCCUUAAUCAGUCUUUCAUGUUUCCUGAAGCUGGUCUACUUCCUUCCUCUGUUGUUCUGGUUAGGCUCCUGAGCUGUGAAGUCUUCUUUCUCCAGGAGGCAGCACUGCGUGCUAUUCUACAGUUUAAAGUGUCUCCAAAAGUGAAACUAGGGAAUGUCAGUAACCAAAACGGAGGCCAUCUCCCUGUCUUUGGAGAUUGUAAUGUCUUUGUCUGUAACAUUUGGUAUACUUUAGGAGGAAUUUCUGCUGUGAUGAGAUACCAAUGAAUGAGAAAGACGAUGAAAGAAUGAUCGCGUUAUGCAUAGGGGUGUAAAUUGAGGUGGGUGUAGUUACCGACCCAUAUUUUGCGGGUACCCACACCUACAAAUUUACAAUUAUGCUACCCACACUUCGCACUGCAGUGGUUAGUGGAUAACCACUAUCCACUGCGGGUUGGGUGUGGUUAUCCGCAAAUAUCAAUCUUUGCAAGUAUGGAGUUGAGACCGCCACUCGUGAGGAAAAAAAAAAGAGUUGAGACCGCCACUAACGUAUUUGUAGUUCGUAUCUAGACUAUAGCAAUAUAGUGAUAUAUACAAUUGUGUUG